AUGUGCACCCUCAGCAAGUUUGCAGAUGACACCAAGCUGAGUGGUGCAGCUGACACGCCAGAAGGACAGGAUGUCAUCCAAAGAGACUGGGACAAGCUGGAAAGCUGGGCCUGUGUGAACCUCAUGAGGUUCAACAAGGCCAAGUGCAAGGUCCUGCACCUGGGUCAGGGCAACUCCCGAUAUCAGUACAGGCUGUGGGAUAAAAGGAUUGAGAGCAGCCCUGCAGAGAAGGACUUGGGGCUACUGAUGGAUGAAAAGCUGGACAUGAGCCAACAAUUCCAAGGUAGCAGUUCUGCUAGCCCCCCUACUUACCUCUCUGAGGUUCGAGAACUCUAUCAUUUCAUGAUCGCUGUGCCCAAGAAGGCCUCCAACCACCACAUCACCCACAAGUCCUUCUCUGUUCACAAGCAACAGGUUCAGUGGGGCCCCUUCCCUAGUAACAGUCAUAUGAAAGAAGAAAAUUAUGGUGCCGCAGUGGAUUGUUAUACCAGGGCUAUAGAACUGGAUCCAAACAAUGCAGCCUAUUACUGCAACAGGGCUGCUGCUCAAAGUAAGCUCAACAACUACAGUGAAGCAAUAAAGGAUUGUGAGCGCGCCAUAGCAAUAGAUCCAAAGUACAGCAAAGCAUAUGGGAGAAUGGGGUUGGCUCUGACCUCAGUGAAUAAAUAUGAAGAAGCAGUUGCAAGUUACCAAAAAGCACUGGAUCUUGAUCCAGAAAAUAACUCUUAUAAGUCAAAUUUGAAAAUAGCAGAACAGAAACUAAGAGAUGUGUCUAGUCCUACUGGAACUGGCCUGAGUUUUGACAUGGCAAGCUUGAUAAACAAUCCUGCCUUCAUUAGUAUGGCAGCAAGCUUAAUGCAGAAUCCUCAAGUUCAACAAUUGAUGUCGGGGAUGAUGUCAAAUGCCAUUGGUGGCCCUGCUGCGGGUGUUGGUGGCCUGGUGGAUUUGUCCAGCCUGAUCCAUGCAUAAGUGGGGCAACAAUUUGCACAACAGAUACAGCAACAGAAUCCAGAGCUCAUAGAGCAACUGAGAAAUCAUGUCCGGAGCACAUCUUUCAGUGGCAGCACUGAAGAGCAUUCCUGACUUAAAGGAGGCAUGUGAAUUGGAGUGGUAUAUAACCCCAAAAUGCAUACCAUAGUUAGUAGCAAAAG